UGCCUCCUGCAAGAGACCUUGUUCCCCUGGAACAACUUGAUUGCUUUCCAAUCGUGGGCUGAGGUGGGCUCCCACCUCCCUUCACGAAAAGGUCCCCUCCCCCUCCCUAAGAAAAUCGAUCUUGGCUCAAUUUGUGCCUGAAGUUCGCCACCCCCAUUUCCCCAGAGGGCGCUGGGUUUGUUUAUUUCUUUAUUUAUUCCCGUGGCCGAGGCGUCCGGGACUUGUGGCUGCGCAGACCCGGGGACUGAUAGGCGAAGACGGAGAGAAAUUAACCUCCCGCCACUGCCCCCCAGUCGAGCGUGACAGCGCGGACCGGUUGCGUGACUCGUGACGUCUCCAAGUCCUAUAGGUGCAGCGGCUGGUGAGAUAGCCGGUAUCGCCUGGUUGCCUCUUUAUUUUAUUGGGGUAUGCCUGGUAAUAAACAGUAAUAUUUAAUUUGUCGAAGACCACAAACCAACUUCGAGCUGGGAGGUACAUGCUACUCUUGACAGACGCUGGAAGAAGGUUUGGCCUAAAAGGGUUCUCUUUUGGGGGUCUUUUCCAAACUCUUCACCUGAGUCCCCCCCACCCCAGCGAGGCGUCACUCCUGGCUUCUGCGCUGGAUAGAAGAGGUGGGAUUUUUGGAGUUCAGGAGCCCGUGCGGUCACAGGGCCCCGGGUACACCAUGGCCGACGCAGACGAGGGCUUUGGCCUGGCGCAUACACCCCUGGAACCUGACUCAAAGGAUCUACCCUGCGACUCAAAACCGGAGAGCGCGCUAGGGGCCCCCAGCAAGUCCCCGUCGUCCCCGCAGGCCGCCUUCACCCAGCAGGGCAUGGAAGGGAUCAAGGUGUUUCUCCAUGAAAGAGAACUGUGGCUGAAAUUCCAUGAAGUGGGCACAGAAAUGAUCAUAACCAAGGCUGGAAGGCGGAUGUUUCCCAGUUACAAGGUGAAGGUGACUGGCCUUAAUCCCAAAACGAAGUACAUUCUCCUCAUGGACAUCGUCCCGGCUGACGACCACAGAUACAAGUUUGCAGAUAAUAAAUGGUCGGUGACCGGCAAAGCGGAGCCUGCCAUGCCCGGCCGCCUGUACGUGCACCCAGACUCGCCGGCCACUGGGGCACAUUGGAUGCGGCAGCUCGUCUCCUUCCAGAAACUCAAGCUCACCAACAACCACCUGGACCCAUUUGGGCAUAUUAUCCUAAAUUCCAUGCACAAAUACCAGCCCAGAUUACACAUCGUGAAAGCGGACGAAAAUAAUGGAUUUGGCUCAAAAAAUACUGCUUUCUGCACCCACGUCUUUCCUGAGACGGCGUUUAUCGCGGUGACUUCCUACCAGAAUCACAAGAUCACCCAGCUGAAGAUUGAGAAUAAUCCCUUUGCCAAAGGAUUCCGGGGCAGCGACGACAUGGAACUGCACAGGAUGUCAAGAAUGCAAAGUAAAGAAUAUCCCGUGGUUCCCAGGAGCACAGUGAGACAAAAAGUGGCCUCCAACCACAGCCCUUUCAGCAGUGAGCCUCGAGCUCUCUCCACCUCCUCCAACUUGGGGUCCCAGUACCAGUGUGAGAAUGGUGUGUCCGGACCCUCCCAGGACCUUCUGCCCCCACCCAACCCCUACCCGCUGCCCCAGGAGCACGGCCAAAUUUACCAUUGUACCAAAAGGAAAGAUGAAGAAUGUUCCACCGCAGACCAUCCCUACAAGAAGCCCUACAUGGAGACGUCGCCCAGCGAAGAGGACCCCUUCUAUCGCCCCAGCUACCCCCAGCAGCAGGGCCUGAGCGCCUCCUACAGGACAGAGUCAGCCCAGCGGCAGGCCUGCAUGUAUGCCAGCUCCGCCCCGCCCAGCGAGCCGGUGCCUAGCCUGGAGGACAUCAGCUGCAACACCUGGCCCAGCAUGCCGUCCUACAGCAGCUGCACGGUCACCACCGUGCAGCCCAUGGAUCGGCUGCCCUACCAACACUUCUCCGCCCACUUCACCUCGGGGCCCCUGGUCCCCCGGCUGGCUGGCAUCGCCAACCACGGCUCCCCGCAGCUCGGGGAGGGCAUGUUCCAGCACCAGACCUCCGUGGCCCACCAGCCUGUGGUCAGGCAGUGUGGGCCUCAGACUGGCCUGCAGUCCCCCGGCAGCCUGCAACCAUCGGAGUUCCUCUACUCUCACGGUGUGCCUCGGACCCUGUCCCCGCACCAGUACCACUCUGUGCACGGGGUUGGCAUGGUGCCAGAGUGGAGUGAGAACAGCUAAAGCCAGGCUGCCUUCUCACAGACGUUUGCUGGAGAGAGAGGAGAGAGAGAGAGACAGGAGGAGAGAGAACCCCACGGACAAGAUCUUCACGUCACCCCGUGUCUGCACUCGAGAGGAGCCCCAAGACACUGAUCUAAUCAGUAGCCUGAAACCACAAUUCAAAAAAUGUGACUCUGUUGUUUCGUCUCCAAACUU